AUGCCCUCGCAGGCACUCACGAUCUCGAGGAUCUCGCGGUUGCAAUCUCUCCUCAUCUCCUGGCGUAUCCCCUGCGCCGCGCGAAUCGGUCCGGUGUACCUCAAACGUCUUUUCUCUCUGCAUAAAGGUCGCACAGAAGCUCUGAAGAGCCUGCUGUUGCACCUUCCGCUUCCACACGUUGAGACGGAGGACUGCAACGAGGAGCAGCAGCAAAAACUGACGCGUGCUUGGGCACUGGCCUCUGCACAGCUGGCGUGGGAUGCGACCCCCGACUUGUCGACAAACCUGUUACAAGCUGCGCUGCUCCCAUUGGAGAAAGAGUUGAGCUGUGAGCUGUGCAAGCGGUCUCUGCGAAAGAGAAUUGCAACGGUAAUCAAGAAAUGGGCCGCUGUGAAGCGAACCAUUUAG